AUGCGGAAAACAGGUGGCGAUCCAGCCGGAGUAGCACUUCUAGGCGUCGGUCGAGCGGUCAACGCAGACGACCGGGGCCCGAGUAUAGCACUGUUCAUGUUCCGCAAGCUGACGACGGAGGUUGGCGUUCUCCACCUGCGAAAGUGCCAACUGACCCUCCAGAGUAGUCAAACUAUCCAAUUGUUGUACGAGGUCGCUGAUCGAGGCCAGGCCAUCUGCGAUCUCCUCCCGAGACCGAUCGAAUUCCUCCCUCAAAUUCAAAACGUGUAUGUGAAGGAAAGACCUGUCGGAGGUCAGCUGGUCACGCUGCUGUUGGAGAGAAUUGAGUUCGGCCUGGAGGGAAUGGACUUGAGCCCUCAAAGUUUUCACCUGCCAUUCCAAGCUGCCUUGAUCCUCAUCGCUGGCACGUAA